GAGUCGCAUUGAUCGGACGGCUUCGCUGCGUCUUGAUCGGUUUUGGCCAUGCAACUUGGUGCGUGCCAAAACAUUCUGUAGAUUUUUCUGCGAUUUCUGUGAGGUAAAAUGGACGAAGUGGAGAAAUGUCGUGAUUUACCACAAGACGACAGUAUUGUCACGGAUGCCAAAUUUUUAUUUGACCUAGGAAAUCGCAUUAUUCAGGAAACAGAACAAAAACUGGAAAACCUGAACAAGAAAAGAUUAUUAAACCUUAGGAAAUCCGAGGAAAGAAAGAAUGACAAGCUAUUAGAUUUUGUCACAGCAACAGAACUAGGAGAAGAAUGUGCGCUGAAACUUCAGGACGUGAAAGAGAUUCUUCACUUCCUCUUCCCACACAAUAAAAAGAGGCCUGACGGCGCAAGUGAAGAAAAGUUAUACCUUGAUGAACAAAAGAAAGAAUGGAUCUCCGUCUUUUCCAACGGUCGUGAGAUAUCUCUUGAUGAUGCUUCUUUGAAGAGUUCAGAAUUCCAAGGUAGACCAGCUCUAUUGACAUUGGUGAAAGUGAAAGAUAUUUGGCUGACUCACUACCCUCCACCCUCGGACCCUCCCAAAAAAUUGAAAAAGUCAAAAGAUAAGAAGGAGGUUCAAGCUGAUCAGAAGUAUGAAGAAGGUAAAAUAUUUCUGGCUAAUAUAAUAGACCAGAAAAGGAAUAGUUCAGAGAGGAUUAAAAACGUAAAACUAGCAUUGAACAAGGUGAAAGAGAAUACAAGUUUUGAUCAUGAAAACGUGUUGGUAUUGUUGCAAUUUCUGGAUACAUUUGCAGUAGUGGAUACAUUUCCUCGAAUCCGGUCGAAUUUCGAUUAUCUGGUAAGGCACGCGCGGAAGAAAUACUUUGAGAGCUUUAUGACAGAGAGCCAAUACGACCGAAUAAGGACAAUGCGUAAUGACGUAUUUAAAGGCCAACGCGAUGUUUCUCUUGAACCCGAAGACUUUUUCAAUUAUUUAGAUGACAAUACAUCGGUAAAAACUUUUUUUACUACUUUGUACAAGUUUACUGAACGCAUAGAGGAGAGCAGCGUUCCAGAGGAUUGUUCAUUGCACCUACGUGAAACACAACGGAGAGGACGUGCAAGGACCUCUUCGUUGCCUGGAAAUCUUCUGAGUCGAUUUUCAAACAACGUAAAGAGGCUGGUUGACAGUGCGAAAAACGACCAGGAUGCCAAAAAAAUAAGCAAUGAGAUCGUAUUUGAUCUACUUUUAAAUGUGUAUCCAAAAAUGUCACUUGUAGAAAGUAAAAAGGAACCUAAUAGUAAACUUGUUACUCUGAGGAAUCGUCUCGUGCAUGCCCCACACAUGGUUCACAUGAAAGAAAUCAAGGAAAAUGUCUCAUAUGCUUUGCAUGCAAUCUACAAGUAUUCCAUUGCUCUUAAGUUCAACCAGUACUUAGAAGAGGCCCCUGCGGAGGCAACCGUCUCAUCCACAAAGGAAACACUAGAUAAUAUACUUCAAGAGGUAAACCAAGAAUUUGAAACAUUCCACAUCUACCUUGACGAGAUUCAAGGUGAAGGCUUUAAUGCCGUAAGAAAUGGUUCAAUUGCUAGAUUUAGAAAGACGCCGGAGGAAGACGAAAAUUUUAUGGUGUCUCGGUAUCUCAAAUACAUGGCACCAAUUUUGGAUGCAUAUUGGGAUCAUGAUGAUGAUGAUAAAAGUGAAAAUGAAGACAACUUCAACGAGAGCGACUACUCUUCCAGUGACAAUGAUGAUCAAAAACUUGUGGUGAUACCAGGACCAGCAAUGAGACGCAUUUUCGAAACAUUCAUAGAAUGGGAAAGGGAGAGCGAUGACAUCGAAAGAGCCAACAAGCUACUAACCAUCAAGAAUGAACUAAGGCCUUAUGUUCGUCAUCGUCAUUAUCAGGAGCAAGAUUGUGAUAAAUGUGGUAACAUGGUGACUCAAAUAUGUGAGAGCAAUGAUGCUUCUGGAGACUUAUCUACAAAGGCGGUGGAAGAAGUGCAAUGUGUGCUAAGUGCUUUACGCUCCUUGCGUUCUCUUUGGGGCCUAGAGAAAAUUAAGGAAAUAUCUGAUGAAGAUUUAGGACUAUUGUACGAAGGAGCAAUUGGUAUUGACUCAGAAAAAAACUUCUUAGACGAUCACAAUGUACUGCUUCAAAGAUUACAAGUAAAUGAACCAUUACAAAAGAAAUCUAUUGAAAGUCAUCUGAAUAAUAUCCACGAUUUGAUCAAAGAAGAUACGGUACAAGUGUCAAUCGGUGAUGAUCGAAUACCUAUUAGUAUUAAGAGCGCUGUGCGCAACUAUCUGAGUGCAUUCCACAAAGAAUACAAGUUGUUCGGGGUAACUUUCAAUUCUUGGGACAAUUUGCUUAUUGAUAAAUCGUUCCGAAAGUACGCCAGCUCUAUGAAUAAGUUCGAAAAAAAAUUGGGAAAAAUGAUAUGUGCUCUUCAAGGACAUGAUACUACAGCCACUUCUAUUGUGCAGGAACAAUUUGUUGCCCCAUUGUUUGCAAUGCACGUGCUUAUCAGUGAAACCUCUGAAUUGCUUGGCUCAAAACUUUGGGAAAAGGCUUUAAAGAUAAUGUUAACGAAGGGGUCAUUUAAAUAUUGUUUAAUUGAAAUUUUGAACGAGAAGCCGGAGGCAAUUGGCGGUGAACUGUCAAGGCUUAUCGUAAACUGUCAUUUGAGUGCCGAGAAUGUUUACACUGUCCUCAAACACACAAAGACUAAAUUCGUAGAGAAAUUGCUUAUCGAAAUCAAAAAUUAUAUUUUGAGGGGAAAUGAUGAAGGACAGAGGGACGAUGAAAGUGUCAACGGACGAAAACAUAGUAUGACACAGUCUUUCACUGAUGUGGUAUGUAAUAAUGUAAAUACCGUUUUCCGGGAGUAUGUUUUGGAUGGGAAUCCAGAAAAGGGCUUGGAAUUCAACAAGGCAUUUGAACAGGGUCUAACAGAAUUGGAAGAAGUGGGUAUCAGAGAGGAAAGUUUUCUGAGCGCCGAAAGAUACCUUAUCGAGGCAAAGGCUGAGAUUCUGCUAGGGCGGAAUGAAACAAGGGAGGCUCAUUUCUUAAUCAAAACUUCAAAGCCUUCACCUAAAGAUUUGGUUUGUCUUGUCGAAUCAGCUGAGGCUCAUAUACAAAAGGUAAUGAAUAUCGUUGACAACAGGAUCACGGAAGGUCAAUCAACGUGUCAUUAUAUUCUCGGGUUAAGCGACAAGUCAUUCUCGUUUUUCUUGUUAUAUAGAGCGUCCUGUAUUUAUGAGAAAAUAUACAAAGUCGAGCCUGAUGAGACUAAAAUAAAGGAAAGUGCCAAAAACAAAAAACUAUUUUUAGAACAAGCAUUUGAAUUCAGUAAAAAAGCCCUGGAUAAUUAUGAGCAAAAUAUGGAUGGUUUGCAGCCAUCUUUAGAAAAAAGUUUGGAGUGUCGAAAAUAUGUGAACCAUCAGCGUCUCAUAUGUGCAAAGGCAAGAGCACACUACACGUUACUCAGUAACACCCAAAUUGCUGAAGCGAAUGCUGAGGAACGGGGAGCGGCAUUGCGACAAAUUAUCAACACCUGGAAUGAAGUAUACCAAGAUCAAGAGAGCAACUCCAAAACGUACCUUGAGAAAAUGAAGUUGACAGCCGCACUCAUGAACAAAGCCCGAUCAAAUUUUGGUUAUGCGUGCUUUUUGCAGAAACAGAAACCACAAAAUCACAAGUUGAUUUUAUCCUAUCAUUGUCAAACUCUCAAGAACAAUAUUCUGGCGUUUGAGAACCUAAAGAAAUAUCAGGGUGCUUUGGUUUUACUUGACAACAACUCAUUCAAGUAUUUAAAAAAAAUCCUUGAAUGCCUGGUGAAGUACUUUAAGCCUCUUAUCAUAAAAGGCAUUCCAAUGCAUUCCAAUGAAGAUGUUCACGAACUCAUCUGCAAGAUUGGAAAAGUACUAAACGUGGACAUAUCCAGGUCAGACAUUGAGAAAGCCGAUCGAUGGAAAACACGGUCCCCUAUGAUCGAAGUUCAGUUCAUAAACUGGUGGAAAAAGGAAGAAAUAUUAAGUGCAGUACGCUGUAGAAGAGGCAUAAAAUUAUAUGAAAUCGGUUUCAAUAGCACCUGUAACUUUUUCAUCAAUGAGAAAAAAACUAAAGAUGAGCUUGACCUUGAAAAUAGAUGUAAAAAAUUGAAGCAGGCAGGAAAAAUUGCCUCGUCAGGGUAUCAAGAUGACAAGAUGUAUGUCAAAGUAACAGCUGAGAGUGACAAAAGAGUCAUCAGGAAUCUCGAAGAUUUCCAAACAUUAGAAGACGAAUUGAACUUUUGGGCGUUUUGUUAGAAUUUAAACAAAACAACAUAUUUUAUGAAAAUAAUUUUUAAUAGGAGAGACACUUAGUUACUCAGUACGCACCUUUUUGAAGACAAAAACCGGGCAUACUCAAAGAAGUAUGCCAUAAAAUAUACUUGACGAGCAUGCAGCAAAAAACAUUAAUGCUAACGUGAAAGUAGAUGAUACCUAUGAGAAUUUUAUUUAAAUGUAAAAUCUGUUACGCGCGGAAGAAUCAGCAGUUCAACCGAAGUUGAAAUUGCGGUGGCACAUCUGCAGUAAGCAUCUGUGGUUCGUUACUGCUGCUAAAUUGCAUGUAAUGUGUUAUCUAUUUUACAUUGUGCAAUGUUGGACAUGUACACUGAAAUGGACCCAAACUGUCCUUAAACUGCAUUUUCACUGCUAGAUUCGACUGCAGUUUAAACAUUCUGAAAUGCACUUCAAACGGUAACUCGUAUUCACUUUGUGUUCAAAUGCAAGUGAUUCUAAGUACAAUUUUAAACUGUUUGUCGCUUACACAUUAAGAGUAAAGACAAGUGUCUGGGGGCGUGUCUACCCCCCCCCCCCCCCGUUCCAUUCGAGCGUGAGGGGUGAAUCACUCAGCAUUCUGGUGUACACGUGAGUUCACGAGUAAUGGUGAGUACACCUCCAAAAACUCUAAAAGGCUUUAUUUAGUGUUUCAGAUAAUUCGCAACACCAAAUCUUAUAUAACACUAGCAAAUUUUGCUAUUUUUGAGCAUGUUAGUAGGCUAAGAACAGGCCUAUUUGUACACAUGAGUACACCAGUGAUUCCCCCUCGUUCGAGCCCCCUAA